AUGGAAGCAGGAUCGAAGGAGAUUAAAUUGGGGAUGAGGCGAAAAGAGGAACAUCGGCAACAGCGCGAAAAAAAGGAUGAACAAAAGAAGCUCUCGCAUCUCUCAUCAAACCGCCAACAUAAAGCAGAUCCAACUAUUUGGCCUAGUUUCAACCAGGAAGCCAGCAUCAGAAGCAUCAGAGAAUGUUCCAGGGAUUGUUCUCAAUUGCAGGGCACAGCGCAAGACCUGGGCGACCUGCAAGAUGGCAAGCCUGGUCUCUUGUACGGAGUAGUGGAGAUGUCUUUAUCAAAAGUUGGUGUGUCUGGAUACAUCGCUCCUCUGGGUCUUCUUCCCGUUUGCAUUGGCCGCCAACGGGCUGCCAGUGGGUGGUGCCACGGCGCGAACAAACGAUCUGUUGGGACACCCUAA